AUCUUUAUUCGAUACGUCAAAACUCCAAAACAAAGAAAAAACUCAACCCCUAGUACCCAUUUCCGACCUCAGCAACCAAAACAUGAACAAACUUGUCCAUUUUCGUAGCAUUUCAUUUCCUCUUUUCCUGAUUUUCUUCACUAUCUUAACCUUUCCGUGUCUCAAAGUGACAUCAGCCGCCUGCAAUGCAGAUGAUGAAGCGGGCCUUCUGGAGUUCAAAUCAGGCAUCACAGCAGACCCGUCUGGCAUGCUUGGAUCAUGGAAGAAGGGCACAGACUGCUGUACCUGGGCGGGUGUUAAUUGCAUGGUCAAUAACCGGGUCACGAUGUUAUCCUUAUCGGGUCAACCCGAAAAACCUAAUAGCUUCCUGUCUGGUACCAUCUCACCCUCCCUCUCAAAACUCAAAUUCUUAGAUGGAAUCUACCUUCAACAGCUCCAAAACAUCUCGGGUCGGUUCCCGGAAGUUCUUUUCGGGCUACCCAAUCUCAAAUUUGUUUACAUCGAGAACAACGGGUUGUCCGGGAAAUUACCCGAAAACAUUGGCAAACUAUCACAGCUAGAAGCGCUAAGUUUUGCUGGGAACAGAUUUACCGGGUCGAUCCCGAGUUCCAUCUCGAACUUGACUCAUUUAACUCAGCUCAAACUCGGUGGGAAUUUCCUUACUGGUUCAAUACCGAGUGGAAUGCGAAACCUCAAGAACCUUACUUAUCUGAGUCUCGAGCGAAAUAGGCUGUCCGGUGCCAUACCCGAUUAUUUGGGUGCGUUGUCUGAGCUCCGAAUCCUCGAACUUUCACACAACGACUUUUCCGGCACCAUCCCAGCCUCAAUCUCAACCUUAGCCCCGAAAUUAGCCUACCUUGAGCUUGGCAACAAUGCUCUUACCGGAAAAAUCCCAGAUUUUCUCGGAAAAUUCAAGGCGCUAGACACUCUUGAUCUUUCGCACAACAAAUUCUCUGGAACUGUACCGAAAAGCUUCGGAAAUCUGACCAAGAUUUUCAACCUCGACCUUUCGCAUAAUUACCUUGUUGACCCAUUUCCCGUAAUGAAUGUCAAAGGCAUCGAGUCCUUGGAUUUAUCUUACAACAUGUUCCAUUUGAAUCAGAUUCCAAAAUGGGUCACUUCCUCCCCAAUUAUUUACUCGCUAAAGCUUGCAAGAUGUGGAAUCAAAAUGAAAUUUGAGGAUUGGAAGCCUUCGGAGACAUAUUUCUACGACUACAUUGAUCUUUCUGAUAAUGAAAUCUCGGGAAGUCCAAUCGGAUUGCUGAAUAAGACAGAUUACUUGGUGGGUUUUUGGGCAUCCGGGAAUAAGUUAAAGUUUAAUUUGGAGGGAUUGAGGAUCGUUGAAACGUUGAAGUACUUGGAUUUGUCCAAGAAUUUGAUAUUUGGGAAAGUGCCAAAGGCUGUUUCGGGUCUUGAACAAUUAAAUGUGAGUUACAACCAUUUGUGUGGAGCUAUUCCGGCGACGAAGUUCCCAGCCACUGCGUUUGUGGGGAAUGACUGUCUUUGUGGUGCUCCAUUGCCACCAUGUAAGGUGUAAGAAAACUACAUGUCUUUGUUGAAUAAGGGGAGAGCUUAAGGGGUGUAAAGAAAUAAAUAUGUUUGAAGUUAGAAAUCAUUUAAGCUCUACAGUGUUCUCUGUUAAGUUAUUUGAAAUGUAACUUAAAUGUAACUUUUUGGAUUUAUAGUUUGUGCUAGUUUAAGCUGACCUGCUGAAGAUGUUUUGCUUGAAGAAAUGAAGAAUUUUUUCUAGUCCA